UUCUUGACGGGUGCCUCUUCUACGAGGGAGUCGACCUUGGAGAGGGUGUUUUCUGUCUCAGCUGCCAUGACUGUGACGGAGACGGGUUGUUGUAUUGGUAGCUUUGAAGCUGAAGCGAGCUUGAUAUUGGUGGUGAUGGUAAUGGAAGAAUGGAAGAGUGAGUGAGGGAUGGAUGGAGAGAGAGGAAUGUGAGGUGGUGGGUGAGGUGGGAAGAAAGGAAGAGGGAAGAUUGGGGUGGGAGGACGAGGUAGAUAAAUGAAUGAGAAUGAGGGGUUUCCCUUAACAGACGGACAGUCAGAUCAGUUUAACGCAAGGGCCAUGUAGGUACGAGCAUGUACAGUAUACAGUAGUAACAGUGGUAGUAACAGUAACAAUACUCGUAACAGUAAUGCAUAGAGAAGGAGUUAACGGCAUCAACGGGAGGAGUAAAGAGGUGUCACUUGAUCAGCACACCACCCUUAACCACCAUAGCCAACCCAUGAAACCAUCAAAUCAUGUCCCAUGUUGCCCCAAAGGGAACCAGUCGGAGGCCAUUGCUCUACUCUACUCCCAGUAUCAUCAUCCCACCGUCCCUUUUUCCGUCCUCUCACCACCCAAUCAAUCCAAUGAGGGAUCUCGCCGAUGCUGGGCUAGAUGUACCCGUUAUAGGCCCUUUCUUGUGUAUACCUUCGUAGACAACAACAGUACUUUGGAGAUACACAUCAACACACAUGCAAUUCACACAUCACCCAGCAAUCGCUUAUCCCCAAUCCCAUCUCAAUUCACCAUCCAACAGCCUCAUAAACUAUCCCAACUGCACAUCUACUCCUCUUCCUUUCCAUAUAGUCAAAGGAUGAUGGCUGACGAUGAUGCAAGCACAGACCCACCCACCCAGCCGGGGGGGGGGGACAACAAGAAUGCGGGGAAGCUCCGCUCGCUCCAUCGCCUUAGUGAACGACUCCUCAUCCCUCGCACCCACCCCCUCCCUAAGCACGCAGGUACAAAGACCCAUCUCCCAUCCCAAUCAUCAAAAGUGAAAGGUAAACACACAAGUAAACACUGGCAUCGUGAAAACUACGUAGGCGGUGAAAGUUGUUUGUGACUGGUGGUGGUGGUGGUGGUGGUGGUGGUGGUGGUGGCCUGUUAGCGGACGUGGUCGGAGGGAAGAAGAGGCGAGGUGAGGUGGUGAGACCACUCACGCGACCUGACCCCCGUACGUCAUCCCACCA